UUUCGGGUCGCGACUGUCAUUCUUCGAACACGCUUCUCAGAUUGAGAACGCAGCGGUCCCGCACUCUCUCCAAAACAACUUCCGAGGAAGGAUCGGACGAUGUCGACUCACUUUGCAAACAGCGUUCCUGUAUUUUGAUCCCAACUCCCGUUGAAACCAACCGUCGCAAGACAAGAGAACAUUUUGACUAGGCUCAUUCGUGCCAGGAUCGAAUUCAUUAGCUAAUCAGCAAUGCUAACAUAAUUGGUAACAAUGUAUUGCUUGGAAUUCGCAAGCUUUUAGACGGCAGCGACAAUCGGAUUUAAGCAAAGUGGUGUUUCGUGGGCUAUUUUUAUAGCUAGUUCAGGAGACUGAAUAACGGGUCACCCGGAUCUUACCCGUGGGGCAACAGCAGGGGAGAACAGUGUGUGUGAACCCGGGUUAUCUCCACCAUGGUGUACCCACGCAGCGAGGAGGCCCUGGAGCGCCUGACCCAGGAUGAGAUAGUGCUCAACACCAAGGCUGUGAUGCAGGGCCUGGAGACCCUCCGCGGGGAGCAUGCCCAGCUCCUCACCUCCCUGCUGGACUGCACACAGCCACCUGCUGCCCAGGAGAAGUCAGGCCUGCUGCGUAAGAGCCUUGAGGCCAUCGAACUGGGCCUGGGAGAGGCACAGGUGAUCAUUGCCCUGUCGGGCCACCUGAGUGCGGUUGAGUCUGAGAAGCAGAAGCUAAGAGCCCAGGUCAGACGACUCUGUCAGGAGAACCAGUGGUUACGAGACGAACUGGCAGGAACACAGAGCAAGCUGCAGUGUAGUGAGCAGAGUGUUGCCCAGCUGGAGGAGGAGAAGAAACACCUGGAGUUCAUGAACAAGAUCAAGAAGUUUGACGACGACGUGUCUCCGUCUGAGGAGAAGGCUGCAGGCGAGACGUCCAAAGACAGCCUCGACGACCUGUUUCCCAACGAUGACGACCAGGGACAAGCCCAGCCCAGCGGAGAGGCGGCGGCCCAGCAGGGUGGCUACGAGAUCCCGGCCCGCCUGAGGACCCUCCACAACCUGGUGAUCCAGUACGCCUCCCAGGGGAGGUACGAGGUGGCCGUGCCCCUCUGCAAACAGGCCCUGGAGGACCUGGAGAAGACCUCCGGACACGACCACCCCGACGUGGCCACCAUGCUCAACAUCCUGGCCCUCGUCUACAGGGACCAGAACAAGUACAAAGAGGCAGCCCACCUGCUGAACGAUGCCCUGGCCAUCAGAGAGAAGACUCUGGGGAAGGACCACCCUGCGGUGGCUGCCACUCUCAACAACCUGGCCGUGCUCUACGGGAAGAGGGGCAAGUACAAGGAGGCUGAGCCCCUCUGUAAGAGAGCCCUGGAGAUCAGAGAGAAGGUCCUGGGGAAGUACCACCCUGACGUGGCCAAGCAGCUGAACAACCUGGCCCUGCUGUGUCAGAACCAGGGAAAGUACGAGGAGGUGGAGUAUUACUACAGACGAGCCCUGGAGAUCUACCAGUCCAAACUAGGAGCUGAUGACCCCAACGUAGCCAAGACGAAGAACAACCUGGCUACAUGCUACCUCAAACAGGGGAAGUUCAAGGAUGCUGAGUCUCUGUACAAAGAGAUCCUGACCCGAGCCCACGAGAAGGACUUUGGCUCAGUCAACAAUGACAACAAACCUAUCUGGAUGCAUGCGGAGGAGAGAGAGGAGAGCAAGGCGAAGAGGAAGGAUGCUGUGCCCUAUGGAGAAUAUGGGAGCUGGUACAAGGCCUGCAAAGUUGACAGCCCAACGGUCAAUACCACCCUGAAGAGCUUGGGGGCGCUGUACCGCAGACAGGGUAAACUAGAGGCAGCUGAGACACUGGAGGAGUGUGCUACCAAGACACGCAAGCAGGGUAUAGAUGCCAUUAACCAGAGUAAGGUGGUGGAGCUCCUGAAGGAUGGGGCCCCUGGAGGGGGGGAGCGACGUCAGAACCGGGAGGGUUUUAGUGGUCCCCAGCGGGGGGACUGUGAGAGAGAUGAUGGAGCAGAGUGGAAUGGGGAGGGUAAUGGUUCAUUGCGUCGGAGCGGCUCCUUCGGGAAGAUCCGCGACGCCCUGCGCAGGAGCAGUGAGAUGCUGGUGAAGAAACUACAGGGCAGUGGCCCCCAGGAGCCCUGCAACCCAGGGAUGACGAGAGCGAGCUCUCUCAACUUCCUCAACAAGAGUGCAGAAGACCCCUCACAGGAUGCCAACACGGGCCUUUCGGAAUGCAGAGGACUGAGCGCCAGCAACGUGGACUUGUCAAGACGCAGCUCCCUGAUUGGUUAAACAGACAGGAGGCGGGACCAGGAGGAGGAAGGGCCAAUGAGAAGAAACUGUUGGCCGUCCGAUGUGAUCAAAACACACUUCAGGUCCAACACUCGCAUUCAAGACAUUUUCUGAAGAAAAAUUAUCGAGAAAAACACGACUUGACAUGGCUUUUUUGUGACAAAUCUCUGUGUCGACCUGCUUCACUGUAUACUUCGCUGGCAUCAAACAGUACAGAAAAAUAAUAUUUAACACGGCAUGCUGCAUACUAGAACAUGGAAUGUUUGCACUAAUUAUGGUGACUGAGGCAUAGCAUCAUAACAGAAUAGCGAGUCAUUAUUAUUGCAACAUGACAGAUGUCUAUCCUAACUGCCUGGUACUUCUGGUGCGGACACUCGACCUUAGAAAUCAGAAUAGAACUAGUUUACCUGUCUUCGAGAAGCAUCACACUCAUUGAUUACUAGUGGCAUGAAUACUGCAAACGCUAACAACCUGUUCAAUAGAUAUCACAGUGCUAGAGCGAUAUAAAUCAUAUAUGUUUUUAAGACGAGUUGCAAGAGGUAUGAACUACAGCUGUUAGAAGAUCCAGCAAGGGCAAAGACUGUACACAAUAUUUUUGGGAUGAUGAAAAUAAUCGGAGUAUGUCUGUAUUUACACAUCAAAUGGGAGAAAAACAGCACUGACCAGUUCAAGCUCACUAUUUUGCCUUCUGAAUUUUUGUUAUGUAUAUACUGGUUUAAGUUAUUUCAUAUUUCUUUCUUUGUAUAUAGCACAGACAGUUUUUGUUUACACUUGUUAGAGCAUAGGAGGACCUUUGUUGGGGAGACAGAUGCUGGAAGAAUGUCAGACAAGUGAAGAGAAACCGGGAGUAAAUAAACUCAACGGACAGUUUGUUAGAUUACCCCUCUAGUCGGACCCACCCCCUUUGCCUCCAGAACAGCCUGAAUUAUUCGGGGCAUUCCACAAGGUGUCGGAAACGUUCCACAGGGAUGUUGGUCUGUGCUGACGCGAUGGCAUCACGCAGUUGCUGCAGAUUGGAUGGCGGUACAUUCAUGCUGUGAACGGCCCAUUCCAUCUCGUCCCAAAGAUGCUCUAUUGUAGAGGUAGGCAACCCUGUUCCUGGAGUGCUGCAGGGUUUUUAUCCAACUAGGCACCACAUCUGACCAACUGAGCUAAUUGAUCAGUUCAGCAAUUGCCCAAAUUCAACAGACCUGGACUCCCAGGUCAGUUAACUCAAAAACAUGCCCAUCCGUGACAAUGAUUAACAGGUUGUGCGUUCCCAAGAUGCCGUUCUGCGCACCAGUGUUGUACAGCGUUGUUAUUUGUCUCUUUGUGGCCCGCCUGUUAGCUUGCACGAUUCUUGCCGUUCUCCUGUCUCGUCAACGAGCUGUUUUCGCCCACAGGACUGCCGCUGACUGACGAUCAUUCCACGCUCAGUGGCUUAGGUCACUCGUUUUGCCCAUUCUAACUUUCAUUCGAACAGUAACUGAAUGUCUCGAUGCCUGUCUGCCUGCUUUUUAUAGCAUGCCACGGCCACGUGACUCACUGUCUGUAGGAGCGAUUCAUUUUCGUGAACACGGUGGUGUACCAAAUAAACUGUCCGGUGAGUGUCGAACAGUGAAAAGACAAACGGGGGAAUAUAGAUUAAAGAGGAGAUCAAACAGGGGGGAAUAUAACUUCUAGUCAAAUGUAUUACUUAGUCUCAUUUGACAUCAAGUGAAAAUUUGACUUAUGCCAAAGGUAGGAUUUCCCCCGAAAUCUAUAGCCUGAUCUGUCCAGAUUUGUUUGCGUUCUAGCCAACUACGCUAUCGUUUGUUGCCUUGCCAGACAAUUCUGAACUUGAUAACUAAGGCUGUUUACAUAGGCAGCCCGAUUCUGAUAUUUUUCCCACUAAUUGGUCUUUUGACCAAUCACAUCAGCUCUUUUCACAUCAGCUUUUUUUCAGAGCUGAUCUGAUUGGUCAAAAGAACAAUUAGUGAAAAAAGUGAAAAAAGUGAAAAAAACAUAUAGAGCUGCCUGUGAACACAGCUCAAUUGGCGGAAGCACAAACAGGUGGCGGAAGCACAAACCGAUUUGAGACCAGGUUCAUAUUCAUUGGGCACUAAACUGAAGAAAAUGGACUGAAACAUAAGACAACCUGGACUUUUCCAAUAAGAAAUGCUCGUUUUCUGUUGCUCAAAAGUUUUGCUACGAUGUGCGCUAAUGAAUAUGAGGCUAACUUAGUUCUGCUCAGUCCUGGGGGGGAAAUACUGGAAAUGCUGACAUUGGACAAACAGUGCAUCUCAGUCAGUGUAGCCCUUAGGCACGGCCCGGUACAAUCUCCAGACACACUAUAAAUGGAAUGCAUGGACACAGCCACCACAGCACAUUACUCCAAUCAAAUUAGAUGUCCACGUAGUUGUACUGCUCUCUGGUUAGUUUAGCGAGGUACCGUAUCUGUUUCUUUAAGAGGUUAGCGUCGGGCGAACAGUAUGUAACUAUCAAUGCUUCUAGUUCUUGUAACUUCUCUCUCUUUCCUUGGUUGGCGUUUAUACUGAAUACGUGAGCAUGAUCUGUCCAUCUCUUUUUAUAUAAAACAAUGAUUCCUUAUCACUACUGUUGAUUGGAAUGAUUUCAGAUCGGUUCACAGAAAAUGGCUCUAGGAUGAUCUAACCAAUGACAGUCCUCUCACCAAACGUUGUCAUCGUUAGGUCUAUUUUUGUCUGUGAUUGGCUCCAACCUCAGGUGAAGAUGUGCAGGUUAUUGUUGUUGAACACUGAAUGGUUGAUUUAAAUGUUGGGUUUUACUUUUAUCAUAGGAGAUGGGAGGGAGGAGCAGGAAGGGGGGGGUUGAGAGAGCACUGUGUUGUGUUGGCUCUUUAAUUGUUUUGUUUGUAAGACUGAUACCAAGAGACUUGGCCACAAUGUAUGUUACUGUACGUCUUUGAGAAUGAGGGUGGUCUUAACGAUUAGCAUCUUCUGAAUGUGUUGCUAGUGCUUUGUCAUGGGUGGAAUAGGGAUGGGGACGGGAUAUAUAUUUUUACUUGGUGGGGAGAAAUGACGGAACAAAGGCUAAAGUGUGACAAAUACAGACUAGCAGAGCUGAGGAGAAAAAGAAGACUGGCGACAGGAAAAAGAGAUGUGAAUCUCUGUUCGGCAACAAGUGAGAAUUGGUGACUGAAAAGAAAUGGCACGUUGGAGAGAAGUAUUGGGGGGAAAGUGCUUUGCAUCAUUGCAGCAAAUAAUGUACAGAAUUGCCCAUGUAUGACCUCUGUCACACGCACUCAAACUUACUCUCAACGUGUACAUGCGCAUUAUCUCAAACACACACACACAUACAUCCCCAUGCUGUCUAAAUAUGUAGAAGUUAGUGGACUGUAGUCUGUAGAUCUCUAAAGAGGCUGCAUUUAUACACCGAGGAAUGUUUAAAAGGAAAACACACAUACCUAAAUGCAGUAUAUUUCUCUUCCAAAUAUAUAUAUACAUACCACAUGUAGAAGUAAACACCCCUCGCCGAGUCAGUGUGUUACUAUGGGAUCUAUAGAAUGUAGCCGGGGGGGGUUGUUAUGUGAUGCACUCUACUUCAGUAUAGCGGAUCUCAUUGUUAAGGGGCCCACAACCUUGUAUAUUUUAUUAAAGGUUCAAUAAAGAAAACCUCCAC